AUGCGACAUGCUAUGUUACUUUUGGAAUCCAAUUUUCCCUUUGUUAAAGCUGUGGGAGCUCAUAAAGUAGCCCAUUUUGUAACAGAUGAUGAAAUAAGGAUGAACAUAGUGGAGAUUGGUGGUGCGCAAGAGCUUGUAUAUAUGUUGGGGGAUGCUAAAAACUAUGAUACACGGAUAGGAGCACUGAAGGCUCUUGCUACCCUUUCUGGCUCAGAUGAAGCAGUUGGAGCUUUACACCGUGCUGGGGCAAUAUCAGUAAUAAAAUCCACUCCACGUUCCUCUGAUGGGGCAAUAUUAUUUUUGGGGUCCACCCCAGAAUCCUUUAAGACUGAAAUCGAGAAAUUCAAGUCAAGCCUACUGAAGAGAUUCCAAGAUUUGAGAUUCCAAGAUCUGAGAUAUGAUAUACCAUCCUGA